AUGUCAUUUUCAUCUACCGUUCAAACGUCUUUGAUUGCCGAAACUGCAAAUUCAUCAAAAUAUUCUCACAUGCAACCGAAACCACCACCAAAUAUUAUCAAAGGUGGUUCUCAUGCAUACCGAAUCCCACAACUCCCAUCACCACAAGAGCAAAGAAAAUGGGCAUUACAACACAUGGCUGGUGCAUUUAGAGUCUUUGCCAGAAAAGGGUAUACUGAAGGAACCAUUGGCCACGUUUCCCUUCGUGAUCCCAUUGACCCCAAUACAUUUUGGAUUAAUCCCAUGGGUAAACAUUUUGCCCUUAUGAAAGUUUGUGAUUUAGUCCAUGUUGAUCAAGAUGGAAACAUAUUACCAACUGGUAACCAAGCGCCAAUAAAACUUGCUGGGUUUCUAAUGCAUUCAGCAAUUCAUAAAGCUCGACCUGAUGUCAAUGCCGCUUGCCAUUUCCAUACAACAUACGGUAAAGCUUGGAGUUGUUUUGGUCAACCUUUAGAUAUGAUUAAUCAAGAUGCAUGUAUUUUUUACAAUCAUCAUGCAGUAUAUUCGCAAUUCAAUGGAGCUGUAUUGAAUCAACAAGAAAGUGGCAACAUUGUGAAAGCUUUAGGUAACGAUGGGAAAGCAAUCAUUUUGCAAAAUCACGGAUUAUUGACUGUUGGUUCAACUAUUGAUGAAGCUGCGUAUUUAUUCACUUUGAUGGAGAAAUGUUGUCAAAUUCAAUUAUUGGCUCAACUGGCUCAACUGGUUCCACUUCAUAACACAAUAAAAAUUAUUGGCGAUAAAGAAGCUCGAUAUUGUGAGGAAAUACAUGGUGGUGCCGAGACUUUGUAUACUGAAUUUCAACCAGAUUUGGAAUUAGAGUACUAUUUAAACGAUGAUUUUAUGAAUUAA